AUGGGUUCGAUGGGCUUUGACCUCCCCCAAACUGCCCCAGCGGCCGUUCUGACCGGCGCGUAUGGCGAGCCGUACACGAUCAAAGACGUCCCGAUCCCCGUGCCGCGUCCUCAUGACGCCCUCGUGGAGCUGGAGUACAGCGGUGUGUGUCACGGUGACGUCUACGCCCGGGACGGAGGUGGUCCUGCGCCCAAAGACCCCGUGCGACCGCUGACGGGCGGCCACGAGGGCGUGGGGAGGAUAGUCGCCAUGGGCACGGAGGGUCUGAACGGGUUCAAGGUCGGCGACGUCGUGGGCAUCGCCUGGAGGAGCAAUGUCUGCGGGACGUGUCAGGCUUGCCAGGCCGGGUCGGAGAAUCACUGUUUCAACCAGAAGAUCACGGGGGCGCACGUCGACGGUACCUUUCAACGAUACAUCUCCUUUCCGACCUCCCAGCUCGUGCCCGUCCCGUCUGGCGUCUCGUUACCCAGUGUCUGCCCGAUCCUGUGCGCCGGGGUCACCGCUUACGCGGCGCUGCGGCGCAUGGGGCCCCAACCGGGCAAAUGGUGCGUCGUGGUCGGCGGGGCCGGCGGCCUGGGCCACCUGGCCAUCCAGUACGCGCGGGCCAUGGGGCUGAAGGUGCUGGCCAUUGACGGCGGCGCGCCCGAGAAGCAGCGGUUCUGCGCCAAAAUGGGCGCCGACGUCUUUGUCGAUUUCACGGCGCCGGGGCUCGUCGAGACGAUCGUCGACAGGACGGGCGGUGGGGCGGAUUACAUUCUCGUGCUGAGUCCGCAUCAGUCGUCGUAUGAUGCCGCGGGAGAAUACGCCAGAUUCGGCGCACAGAUCAUGGCCAUUGGGAUCGGGAAUCUGCACAUGUCCCUUCGCCCCCUCCUGAAAAAGGACCUGCUCGUCCGCUCCAACCAGACGGGCACCAAGACCGACAUGAAAGAGGCCCUGGCGCUGUUCGCGGCCGGCAAGGUCGUGCCGGAGCUCGAGGUCGUGGAGUUGGGCGACAUCAACGGCGCGUUGGAUAGGAUUAAGCGCGGGGACGUCAUGGGGAAGUUGGUGGCGGAUUUGAGAGGUUCUAAAUAA